AGGUAUAGCCUGUGAAGAUUCAGAGUUACGAAAUCGAAAUACUUUCUGUUCUUUGGGUACAGAAUUGUUACAGCUGCUUAUUGUUUCUGGUCAUAUUCCAAUCUCCAAUAAGAAAAACCGGUCCCAGUUUUCGGCAAGAAAUAAUGCAGCAAAUACUUCGACACGUCUUAUAUAUUCAUUCAUUUUCAAUUCAUUAUUCAGAUGUAUUCAAAAAAACGUCAGAAACGAGCAAUCUUCAAAGUUUUGUAACUCUGUAACAACACAGAUCGACAACAAGUUGCCUGCGUGAGCUAUACCAAUAUUUCGCAGUUUUGAAACGGAUUAUCGAUGUUGAAACGAGAUUCUAUCCGGUCUUCGGCAGUAUCACGAGCCUGUGUUUAUUUCGCUGUGCGCGACGACAACGUAACGCACACAACCGAAAGACGCGUCUGUGCGUGUGUCCUAUACCCGUGCACCGUGCUUCGUGUAUGCAUAUCCGCGCCGCCCGUCGGAACGCUCGUUCCUGCUAAAGGGGCCUUUUUUAACGCAUUUUUCCUGCUCUCGAUCGCGCAGUAUCGUUCGUGACUCGCCUUUAGUAACUGCGUAAAAGGAAUUCCGCAGUUGCGUGUGUGCAAUUAUAACGGCAAGUAUUUCUGCAAACAUGGCGACGUUAAAGCUGGGCCUGGCACCAAAGACCAUUAAAUACUUGAUGUUUGCUUUCAAUCUGUUCUUCGUGAUUACAGGAAUAGUGCUUAUGUCUACUGGUUUGGUCAUCCAUGGAGUGUAUCAUAAUUAUCAACAUUUCCUCGAUAACAGUUUCUUUUCUGUGCCUUCUCUUCUCAUAGCCGUUGGUUCAAUUAUUCUUUUUAUCGCCUUCUUCGGAUGCUGUGGAUCUCUUCGCGAAAACCAUUGCAUGAUUAUAACGUUCAGCACGCUCCUAGCUGUGAUUUUCAUCCUGGAGAUCAUAGGCGGCACAAUGGGAUAUGUGAUGAGAGGACGAAUCGCGACGAUCGUAGAAGAAAAGAUGGUCAAUACGAUGCCUAAAUACAAUAACAGCAAAGAAAUACAGUUCGUCUGGGACCAACUGCAACGAGACUUUAAGUGCUGCGGCAUGAACAACGCCACAGACUGGACGUCCAAGCCUUUCAAUCUGUCAGGCAUUCCGAUGUCGUGUUGCGAUGAUACAGUAGGCGCUAUUGGCACGACAAAUUGUACUUCAAACUCGUUGAAUCUACACCACGUUGGCUGUAUGGAUGCAUUCGUGCAAUUCGCCAAAAAGCAUGCGGCUAAGAUAGCAGGCAUCGGAAUAGGUCUUGCCAUAAUUCAGUUGAUAGGAAUCUUCUUGUCAUCCUAUCUGGCCAAGUCGAUCAAGAAUUGUUACGAAACCAUGUAGAGUGCCAUACGAACGCCGAGCGCACCGGAAACAGCGUUACAUUCCUAGAAGACAGGAUUUCCUGACAGAAUUUCCAUUAGAAUAUAGGGUUGUGUCUGAUAUGCGAAUACAUUGGUGGUAAAUUAUUUUUGCUACGCGUUACACGUGUCGUUUCACAGUGUGCAUUCCGCUUUUGGAUACGUGAUUCAUACGUAUUUUUAAUAAAAUCUUUAUGCUACCAAGGUAAUCUUAUAUUAUCAGUUCUGAUGCAUUCGGAAUCUAUUUUUAUUACUGUCAUCUUAUUUUUGAACGUAAAAGAGUAAGAUAUAAAAUCACUCGCUUCAUAAGAAAUUACGUUUCUAUAAUUCUUCACAGAAAAUUCGCUGCGGUAUUUUUUGCAAAAAAUGAAAGACAAAAACGUCGAACUGCACUACUUUAUGUCCUCGCGUGAAUUAUACAUGCGCACAAAAUUGACUUAAUCGUUCACGCAUGAAUCAUACUCUUAUUACUGUUUUGCUUAUGUGCAAACGUAGCAACGGACGCAAGCUGGCGUUUCUAUUGCAGGUCCUUCACACCGACGAAAAUUUCAGUUUAAUAUAUUCGACCGUAUCUCAUUGUU